GCAUAAACGUAACAUAUUGUUUCCCAAAGUGUACAGCAAGGAGAAACAAAAUGGCCGCUUACAUCAUAGUAAAUGUACAUGUAAUGAGAACAGUUAACAUUAUCAGUUGAUCUUAGAGUAAGACCUGUCCGCGUGAAAUUCAGGAGUUCCAAGCUAAUAAUGGAGCAGGAGGAAUUGAAGAUUGCAGUUAAGCCCGAAGUUGAAAAGUUACAACAAACAAAACGAAUAUAUAGAGGUGCUCAAGAUAUCAUCAGUAAGCUGGAUGGCGUCCUGAGACACAAGCAGCCGUAUCGCAGCGUCUUUGAAUGGGAUGCGGUAGAGCUGCGGAUGAAACUGAAAGACCUGUGUGAGCGGUUGAUGUUCCUUCAGCCAGUGGACUAUGGGCGCAAGGCAGAGGAGCUGCUGUGGAGAAAAGUCUACUAUGAUGUCAUCAGCGUGGUCAGAAAAAAUAAGAAGCAUGUGCGGCCUGGCUCUUCCCUGGAGUGUGCCUACCACACACACCUGCUGGCAGCCACCGGGUUCUACCACCACCUCCUGCUGCGACUCCAGCAACAGUACAAGCUCAGCCUGUGUGGCAUUGUGGACUUUGUGGAUGCAGGGGACCACUGGACGGCCAAAGGGCCAUUACCGCCACCGGGCAGCAAGCGAGCCAAAGCCAGAGACUGGGCUGAGAAGGCCUGUCAUCGAUGCCUCAUUUAUCUUGGAGAUCUUGCACGUUACAGACAGGAUUUUGACGGGUAUCGGAGUCGGCUUCAAGCCGAGCGCUUCUACCAUCAGGCACUGCUGUUAAAUCCAGCCAUGGGAAUGCCUCACAACCAGCUAGGGACACUGGCUGGAAAUCGGCACCAGGGACUGGACUGUGCUUACCAUUACCUGAGGUGCUGGCUGUCCGAGAUCCCUUUUGAUGGAGCCAUCGCCAACCUAGAGAAGACCCUUGAGCAGAACUCCAAGCGCUAUCAGGAGCUGCCCCGCCAGGCUAACCGUGACCUUCCACCUGACUUGCAAAGGCCGCGAGACCUGAAACACUUCCUCAUCAAGUUCCUCUACCUGCAGGAGUUGCUGCAGCCGGGCGCCUGGCCGGCCCAGGACCAGUUGGCUAGCCUCUGCCAGAUUGUGGUGCACGACUUCAGCCUUUGCAUGUACCACACGCUGACCCAGCGCCGGGGGUCCCUCAGGCCCGGCAAGGCCGGGGUCAACUCCCUGCCCAGGGGGGCCGACCCCCCAAGGGAGUCCGCCAUGUCAGACGAUCUGGUCUUCAAGCUGUUUGUCAUGACCAUGAUGACCAUUUACAAACUGCAGAAAGCAGACCGUAAGUGGGUGUCAGCCGCCAUUGUUUUCAUGCUGGCCAUGUUCACGCAUCUCUUGACGCACGUCAACGAGCGGCUGCAGAGUGCCCUCUAUGAGGCUCAGCAUCCGAGGCGAGUCAGGGAGGAUGAGGAGGACAGCUCAGAGGAAAGCAGUAGUCAGACCGAUGAAUCUGGUAAUGAGCAGCACAGCAUUGCUGGUACCCUGACUCCUACCCAUAGCCAAGAAGUAGAGAGCUCAGGCACCUGCAGUGACGGUACCGUCAAACAUCUCCCACAGAAGCAGGACAAGCAGCGUAAGGCCCUGAACCGGCGCCGACGCAGACGGCGCCCACUGCGAGACGGCCAGACCGAGAGCGACGAUUCUGAUCUGAGCGAGGGUGCUCUGAGCGCCAGUGACGGAUCUGACGUCAGCUCAUCGGACGGGGAAGGUUCGAGCGAGGGCGGGCUCCUUGCACUGUCAGACAGUGACUAUCUCAUGGACAGCCAAGACCAAGAAGAGGACCAGACACCGGAGAAAGGCAGAGAGAAGAAAGCUGACAUGGAUGAUGCCUCAGUCAAGGCUGUAGAUGAUAGCAAAAAGGAGCAGCCAUCCCAUGCAGACAAAGUCAAGGAGUGGUCAACCACCAGCCCGGUAUCCCUGGCCCAGAACCUGCGCGACAUGUCCUCCAGGCUCCUGGCCCCCAGCCCCACGGGCUUCCUCAAGCGCACCAUCCGCCUGGCCCCGAGCUUCGACGCCUACAUCAAGGAGAGGGCAGAGACAGUGAAAGACGGGGGGUCGGAUGAAGGGACAGGGGAGGCUUCCAAGACGGAGGAGAAGACAGGUGACGAAGCGGCCAGCGAGGCAGAUACAUCGAGAGAAGAUGCAGAAAGCAAGCCCUGCCCGUUAGACCUCCACAUCAAGGUCCUGAAUGAGGAACGGCUCCUGUGCACGGUCAAGCUCAUCACUGAUUGGCUGAGGGGCAACAGCGAUGUCAUUACGACGACUGCAGAGAACACUCAGAUGCUGUGGUCCAAGCUGGCCCUGCUGCUGAAUCAGCUUCCCCAGGUUGAAGACUUCUGCUCAGAGGAAUGGUGCAAGUCUUCUGAGGCUCUUGAGGCAAUCACUGGUAGCCUGCAGGAGGCCCCUGGUGUCUGGAAACAAAUCCUCCCACUCACCGAAGACAUCGCAGUGAUGAAACUGCCCCCGCUCACUGACUCCCAGAAGGCCAUGGCCUUUGACCUCCAUAUGACCCACGACCUUACAGAGCAAGAUGAGACACUUCUUCGUGUCCUUUGCCUCCGCCAGUUCGGACAUUUCCUCACCACCGUCAAAGACUUGAGUUUUGUGCACGACGACAAGCACAAGGCUUUCCAUGUACCAUCAAGUGAGGAUGUUGUUGACUUGCAGGAUGCAAGCACAGAGUCAGAGGAGAUGGAGACAAAGCCUGCAGAGAAGGAAGAGCGACGCACCCAGAUGAUGAAGGAUCUGGCUGUCAGGUGGCUGGAGCAUGAGAUCCAGCAGCUGGAAGGUCAAGUCCAAGAUGGGGCAGCUAACACCCAGUUCUCCCCUUACCUGGUGCCAGACGCCAAUGCUCUCAUGAACCACCUAGGCCUGAUACAGCUACUGGCUGACAGCGAGCGCUUCAUCAUUGUCAUUCCCUACUCAGUUGUUGGUCACUUGGACCACUUCAAGAAGAAGCACUUUGAGGCCCGAGAAGCGAGCCGGUUCUUGGAGCAGAUCCUGAAGAAGGGAAAUAGGCAUAUCCGUGUCCAGCGACAACAUGAGGUUCUUCAGCUCGACAAAGACAAGAAACCAAAGGACAAGGACAAGUCUAUUAAAACUCUGUAUCACAUCAUUGAGUGUGCCCUCUACUUCAGCCAGCGAUCUGCUCUGCAAGGCAACGACAGCCAUGACAUGGUAACCGUCCUGACAGACUACCGGCCGGGCCAGCUGGCCGCAUCCCCGCUAGCAAUGGCAGCCGUGGAGAUGGCCCAGGGCCGGGGCCUGCGCGUGGAGAAUGCAUCAGAGUUUUACCAUUCGUGGAAGAACUCGGUGCAGAGUUGAAAUCAGGAGGGAGACUGAAUUGGAGACUAGCAGGACACAGCUUGCAGCCAUGAAGAGAGGGAGAGAGAAAUGACAGCUUGAGACAACAGACAGCAGGAUCUUAGCCGGGCGUCAUCUCUCUGCUGCAGCCUGCCGUUGCCGCUGCCUGACAUACCCGUGUUGUUUAAACCCAUCGGAGAGAGGGAGAGAGUGUAAUGGCCCUGUUUGCUAGUGGCCUCAGACAGGAAUCUGAGGACCGCACAGCGAAGCCGGGGUAGUUAAUCAAAAUGGAUCUCAGCCAAUACUAGUCUUCGUGACAUUUGCUUGAUCAGAGUGCCCAAGGCAUUUGAUACAUCACUAGAAUUUGUACCGGCGUAUUAAAAGAUGCUGAGGGUGACAAGACGGGGGUGUGAUGAUCGAUGCCUCCCUCCCCCCAGUCUUUUUAAAUCAGAAAAAAAAAGGGUACCACAGAAGCGUGUUUAUCAUUUAUGGGAAUGAAUCUUUCCAGGGAAGAAAGCCAGGAAACAAUAGAGACAUCUCAUUGGUAUUUUUGUCUGUAUGGUUGGAAUCUGAAUUUAAAAGAAUUUAUUUACAGGCAUUUUAGGGGCCAGUAUCUCAUGUAAAUGCUAAAUAAACCUGUUGAAAACAAAAUAAAUGAACUGCCUGCCAUAAUUAAUUGGUGUAGAGCUAAUUGAUUCACAAGUCAUGUUUUUCAUUAAAUGCUUCACAGUUUAAUAGUGUCAAAGAAGUUACCAUAGCAACAAUAAUGCCUUUAGUGUUUAUAUUUCUGAAACCAAAGGAAAUGUUUAUCUUUCUGUUCUGAGCUGGAAGAAAUACUACAUUGACCAAUUUUUCAAUAAUUUGGUGAAUGUGAGAAGUUUGUUCAAUUUUGCAAAUGAUUGAAAUGUAAACAUAAUUACAGCAUUGGAAAAGUAUUGUGACCCUUAAAGGGCAGUUUAUGGUCAAAAAUUCUCUGUGACGUCAACUUCGUUGAGGACACAUCAGGAAAAUCAUAAAUCAGCAACAUUUUAAUAAAUAUCUUUAAAAUGCAGAUGGAAUUGUCCAAAUGAAAAAUGAAUACGUAACUGAAAUGGGAUGAUGUUUGUUAUGUAAAGUUCGUGAUUUUUCUGGGUUUGGGGUUGUCCAACGCACUACAGUUCUCGCUCUGAGAGGUCUUAUCAUAUUGAGUGCCAAAAUAACUAGGUCACACGCACAGUGUGCAUGUAAAAGGCAUUAGCGCAAGAACCAGCAUGUUAACCAGCACACGCCAUUCCUCUGCACAGCAUUUCCUGACUUCACUACUCUGUAGAUUUUGCUUCGUUUUUCACUGUGUUCACUUUUCAAUUUCUCACUGUGUUGGGAGACAAACAGUGCUUUGUAAGCUACGAAAAGCCCUGAAAUCUCAUAGCGCUUUAUUGUUGUCAUUAUUGUCGCAACCCCCUGGUUGAUGUUCCUUGGAUUUUUGUCAUCCAUGAAUCUCAUUUCCAAAACUUUUUCCUAUAGUUACUUGUCACCUCCUUUCAUGGCCACAUAUAAAAAACCAAAGACAGUACUCCACUGAAAACAAAGAUGUGUGCCCGUGUUGACCAAUAGUUUCCACUGGGUCAUUGUUAGUAGUUGCAGCCAACCUUUACUCUUUUUCCCAGACAGGUCGAGCCUCAUGAACAAGGAAGGAAAAGAUCUCUGUUUGUUUAAACUUGACUUUAACGGAAACAAAAGCUCUAUUUUGAAGAGCUUUUCAUAAAACAACAGGCGGGCGAAAUUGUUUGAGGAAACAUUUGGCAUUGGCAUCAGUGUUAUGCAUUGUUUGCUUGUAGACGUGGAUUACAGACUGGUUACACGCCGCGAUUGUCUGACCAUGUAGUGGGUGGAGCUAGGGGAGGAACUGGAGGGCAGGACUACGUCUGUGUGCUGUGUACAGUGCCACCCAUUCUUGGUUUUGCUGUUUCUUGAUCGUUUCUUUUUGAAGACCUGGAAACAGGAUCAUUAAAUGCACGUGUACAUGUAAUUGUUGUCCGACAGUGAUUGGAGGAAACAUUCCAACAUGCUUUUAAACAUUUGUUUUUCUUCUCAGAUUUUCCCACACAUGGAGUUCAUUCCCCUGCAAGUUAGAGAUGAAUUUCUUUAUAAUUUAAACAGUUUUAAACCAAGGCUUAAGCCGGUUUUAGACAGGUUAGUCGUUGUAUAUUAAGUGGUCUGUGGAUGGACCAUGAGAUGAACCUCCUGCUGGAGCUGGGGUUCCUUGGCUUGCUUCUCUGCAUGGGUUUGGGUUAUUUGUGGUUGGGUUUAUAUCUUUUAACUUCCUGCUUGUAUUGUUCAUGUGGGCUAUUCAUGGACAGGUAUUUACUCGCAACCAUUGUCAAUGCGUUUUCUAGCUUAUUUUAAAAAUAGAGUGUUUCUAAUCUUUUCUUGUUAUGUCUUUUUCUUUUCGUUUGUUUUUUGCAAAGUUGUACUGAUGCAGUCGGAGAGCCUCUUGAUAAGCCUUAAUUCAGCUUUUUUAGGCAAUCCUGCGGGCUUGCAUAUGGUAGUACAAGUUUGUCAAUUUGGGUCUGUGUUUUGUGUUAUUCAACAGGUUUUGUUUAAGUUUCUUGUUUUUGCUGUAUCUAGUUAUUUGACUUUUUGCGUGUAAUCUCCAUUGUUGGUUUUUAUCUUGCAAUUUGUAAUUUUGAUAAAUGUAUCGUCAUUUGUCCAUGUUUCUUGCCCAAAAAAUAUCUAAAUAAAUGAAUAAAAAUUCAAAAACCAAGAAAUGCAUCUAGUGAUGUACAUGUAAAUAUUAAACCUCCUAUCCAUUGUCCAGACACAUCUAUGUGCAGUAUGCCAAACAUUGUGAUCAAUAUUUGGUGGGUUUUCCCCUGCAAAAAUAAGCCAUGCAGAAUCUCCCUUUGAAAAUUGAAGCCAGCUGUAUUUCUUUGCGUGAGUGAUUUAUGUCCCUGAAUGCACAUGAGACUGUCACUUGAACUGAGAUGGUAUUAGUCCGAAAAAGUCCAAGAUGACUACCA